GGAAUUUUACAGGGAACACAGGAGAGAGCUGCGAUUUUUGCCGGGGUGCCUCUUUGAGCGCUGAGCAAGCCUUGUGUGGAUAAAUCCUCGUGUUUUGUUUCCUUUGCUUCGUGUCUCUUUGGACCAUUAUGACUCUGGAGGACACUCACGGACAGGAGCCGAUGCCUGAGACUAGCGACAGCAGCUCCAACAGCAGCGCCCCGAGCGGCAGCAGGAUGCAGAGCGCCGGCAAAGCCCUCCACGAGCUGCUGGUCUCCUCGCAGCGCCGCGGCUGCCUCACGGCGGGCGUCUACGAGUCGGCCAAGCUGAUGAAUGUCGAUCCCGACACGGUGGCCUUCUGCCUGCUGGCGGCGGAUGAGGAGGACGAGGGGGACAUCGCCCUCCAGAUCCACUUCACCCUUAUCCAGGCGUUCUGCUGUGAAAACGACAUUGACAUUGUGAGAGUGAGCGACAUCCAGAAGUUGGCCAGCAUCUUGGGGGCCAGUGAGGAGGCUGGAGAGCCCCGAGAUCUCCACUGCAUCCUCAUAACGAAUCCUAAUGAGGAUGCCUGGAAAGAUCCAGCCUUGGAAAAACUAAACUUGUUUUGUGAGGAGAGUCGGAAUGUCAAUGACUGGGUGCCCAAUAUCACCCUACCUGAGUGAUGACCGUCCAGUGCACAGGAGAGGUUGGAAGCCUUUUGUUGCAUUCUCAUCGUGGAGUUGCACACCCAGGCAACCCCACCAGUGGCUGAUUCUGUGGAUUAGCCAAGUCAACAGCUUGGAUUAAGUCGCCGGGACAACACGUGGUGUGUUCUUGUGGAGACAGGAGAAAAGGUGAAAAGGGGAAUGGCUAAUGCCAAUGGUGAAUCCCUACGAUGCUGCAGCGCUGGAAAAGCUGGCAUACUUGUGGAGUUGGAAGAAUUGCAAGUUUUUAGGUACAGAAGGAAAAAAAAAACCUGCAGGUUUCCAGGUCAGGUGGAAUGUUGUGUUAGAAAGCAGGGAAGAAAAAUCGGAAAACUGGACACAGGUGGCAUGGGAAUGUAUGGACACAAUAUUGUAACCAAGAACUGCUGUUAGGGGGUGUCCAGAGCUCCACAACAAGAGAAGCUGGAACUGUAGUAAUCUUUGGUACUUUUACAGAGACUCUGAUGCCUACUGAUGUACUGAAGGACUUAUGGACUAUGUUCUGCAUUAAUAACCAAUUUUGCAAUAAUUUUUUUAAAACUGAAUUCACGCUGCUAUGGAGGAGCUUCUACAUUUUGUAA